AUGUCCGAGCUCCGCUACACCGCCAACACCUCCCUUGAGCAGCUCCAUGCGCGCUACACCGGCACCGGACACGCCGACACGACCAAGUACGAGCUCCUGACCAACCAGCACCGCGACACGCUGUCCUCCAUCGUCGGCCACCCGCCACUGCUGGCAUACCUCUCCAUCGCCGAUGGCGAGUGCCAGGCUCGCGAGCGCUUUGAGGUUUUGGAGCGCAUGCUCCAGCCCUGCGGCGUGCCCCCGGCCAAGACGGACGAGUAG